AUGGUCUCGCCCGCUGUCAACGUCCUCCGGUACACAGCGCUCGCAUCGGGCAUCGUCUACGGCGUCGUGCACCGCAAGACGCUCCAGGACAAGUUUGACCACGACGCGGCGCGCAAGGAGGUCCAGCUGCGCGAGCACUGGCUGCAGGAGGCCAAGAAGGCGUGGGCCAACAGGCAGAAGGGCAACUCGGGCCUCAUCACCGACCCGGACGCACCCGGCUUCGACCUCGAGGCCGUCCUCAAGGCGUACGAGAAGUGA